CCAUCAAGAGAGACUCGCGUCCCCACCUGGUCUUUGUCUGUUUACUCUUUGUUUCAAUGAUUCCUUUGAGAGAAGAAAUGCUAGGCAACUGUGAGAAGAUGGUUGUCAUCUCUUCAACUACUAACGCAUGGCCACAGAAUCAGAUAGAUGAGAAAAGCCUGAUGGCAUCAACAAGUAAACUAAUGGAGAGACCAAGCCAAGAAGUACUUUCGCAACCACAGCAGCAGCAGCAGCAGCUGCAGCAAGCUCUUAAAUGUCCUCGUUGUGACUCCUCAAACACCAAGUUCUGUUACUAUAACAACUACAGCUUAUCUCAGCCAAGACACUUUUGCAAGGCUUGUAAGAGAUACUGGACAAGAGGUGGCACUUUAAGGAAUGUUCCUGUUGGUGGUGGAUGUAGAAAGAACAAGCGCGUCAAGAGACCAGCCUCAGCCGCUGAAGGAGCUAGUAAUUCAGUUCCUAGUGCAAACCCAAACCCUCAAACCCCAAUUGACCAUAUUUCUUCAACUUCAAAUCAUACUAAUCCUUUGUUUUAUGGGUUAUCUGGCAGUAACCCAUCAGAGAUGAACCUUCCAUUUCCUGGUAGGUUCAAUCCAAGGAUGGAUUCAGCUGUUUCUGGGUAUCAUGAUCCCCAGCCACAGUUAAAUGCUCUUGCUUUAGGGUUUUCAUCAGGAAUCAUGAGUACUAAUGAUGCUAAUGGGUUUAACCCUACGAAGCAAAUACAAGAUGUGGUCACUUCAAAUUCACUUCUUUCAAGUUAUUCCAAUCUCUUUGGCUCCUCCACAACUUCCACCAACACAACUUCUCCUAUUAUAGCUUCUUUGCUUGCCUCUAGCUUUAACCAACAAAAGUUCACCAAUGGUGGUAUCAAAGAGAGUACUAGAGCUCCCAACUACUUUCAAAGCUUGACAGUACCCUUCGAGGAGUUGCAAAUGAAUGGCAAUAGUCAAUCUGGGAUUGAUAUGAAAGGGGUGAAAACUGAGCAUGAUCAAAAUAGGUUGGACUGGAAUGUGCCAUGCCAGAAUCAGAUAGAACAAGUUGGCUUGUCAGAUCCUUCAAUGUAUUGGAACACCACCACAAGUGUCGGUUCAUGGCAUGAUCCAGCUACUAUGGGGUCUUCAGUACUUCUUUGAUCUAGCUCUACCAAAAAUCCAUUUCUUUCAUUUUAGAUAUCUCCCUCUUGGUUAGUGAUCUUGGUAUGAUCUUAUUUAAACUACUUGAUUUUUUUUCGUUUUACUUCUGUUUCUAGUGCGGUUCAUGGUACUCAAAUUGAGGAUGGAUUUCUCUUAACAAGGGUAUAAGACAGGUGUGGAAGGAAAUUAGAGAUGAGAGGAGCUUGGAUCAGAGAGAUCAUGUCAGCUGCAAGAUCAGCCUAUUGGUUUUAUUUUCAAGGUUGAGAAAUCCCAUUUGCACUGAGAGGAACCUCGGAUCCUCUUCCCUCUCAUCAAUACAGCCACCAUAACCACGAUCAUUAUCAUGUACACUACACAGUGUUGAAGAAAUUAAGAAUAUCCACUACUAUUUGGUGCAACUUUCCAGCUAUUGCUGGACUGGACUUUCCUUAAUCUGUAUGUAUAUAUGCAUGACAAGUCUCUUUUCCUUUUCCUUUUAUUUUCUCCUGUUGUACGAGUCCUUGUUAUUAGGUUGGGGUUAGGGGGUAUAUGUUUCAGUCGAUAAUCAAUAUCAGAGGCACUUCUUUUUCAUUUUUUGUCUUUUAUACUUUCUUUUUAAGGGGAAAAAAUUUGCUGGGGGGCGUUGGGCACAAUGGUAUAGGAAAAGGGGGGGAUUUUUGCUAUUUUAAUGUUGGGAUUUUGUUUAUGUGAUUGGUCUUUUGGGUUAUAUGUUUGUUGACUUUGAAGUGUUUCAUGUAAUGAAGGAUCUGUGGGUUUGGGAAUUUCCAUUGCUGAUGUUUGAAAUGCAUUCAGUGAUACACUAAACUUCUGGAUA